AUGCUUCAAAAGAUCAGCGCUGAAAGCGCAUCAAGUUACAAUGCAGAGUUCGACCCAACUCCUCCUGCGACGGUUGAGGAGAUGCACAGACAACUUGAUUUGAUUAUCGAAGCCUGUAAGCGUUUGGAAGACCUCAAAACUAGCGGAGUCCGGCUCACACACCGUGAGGUUCUUAAGUUACGAAAAGCAUAUUGGCUAGCAGUGGGCGAGACACAGAAGCUGCGCAGGGACAAUUCAAGCAGAACUGGUAGUUUGGAUGGACUUGAGACUUCGGAGACAAGUACCGUCGACAGGCCAUUAAGCAGUGGCAGCUCUGUACAAGUUAAUUGUAGCGAUGAUAUGGGUCUCAAACGACAAGAUGCUAAGGCGCUAAGUUGCGACGAGGAGCUCGUCAAGUUGGAGAAAUGCGUUGAGGAGCGACCAGAAGCACAUACUUUUGAUGUUGUGCACGAUUUGGCAGAGGCGAUGAACACCGGAUGGCGAAUAUUCGGCAUUCCACUGGAACGUCGGCUUCAGACUUUGGCUGUUUCCGUAUUCAACUUCUUUGCGUAUGUUUCUCUUAGUCUGAUGCUGAUUGUAGUAAUGAUGGUGAACCAAGUGACCAUGGUGUUUGUUAUUUUAUACGUACUGUACAUUUUCACAAUCGGAAGACCGAAACAUCCCUUGAAGAAGAAGGAUGCGCUCAUGAGCCUCGGUAUAUGGCAUCACUUCACCAACUAUUUCCCGGUGCGCCUCGUCGUGCCGCAAAAGGUACGCUGUCAGUUUGAUUCUAAUAAAAACUACUUAUUCAUUUACCAUCCUCAUGGCAUUAAUUCUUUUGGAGCCUUAUCUUGCUUCAUGUUGGACACUAUGAACCUGAGGACUAUUCUCCCCGGAAUCCGCAUUCACCUUCAAACGCUCAAAUUGAACUUCUACAUUCCAUUCUGGCGUGAACUUGCGGUUGCUGGAGGUUGUGGGGAUGCAAGCGCUCAAUGCAUUCGUGACACGUUACGCAAAGGCCCUGGUGAGUGUGUGGCACUUGUGGUUGGCGGAGCAAAAGAAAGUCUACUGGCGCGACCAAAGAGAAACGAGGUAGCAUUGCAGGACCGCAAGGGGUUUGUUCGGAUUGCAUUACAAGAGGGUACAUCACUGGUGCCCGUGUAUGGAUUUGGCGAGAACGAUGUGUAUAGAAUUCCCCGCUUCGCCGAGUCCAAUGCUUGGAGGCGAGUGGAAGGGUUAGUGAGGAAGUACACGCGAUUUGCAAUACCGCUUGUGAAGGGUCGCGGUUGGUUCAAUUAUGGUUUUGGCUUGUCACCGCACCGUUGCCCCAUCACUGUUGUGUUUGGUGAACCCAUCGAGGUGCCAAGAAUACCCGAGCCAACGGCAGAGGAGGUACAAAUAUGGCAUGCGAAAUAUGUAGAAGCAUUGCAGCGAUUGUUUAGUGAAAACCACACGGUGUUCGCCGCGGAUUCAAAAGGGUUAGUUAUACGAUAG